AGAUUCUUAGGUCUAUGGUCUCAAUUCGUAAGAAUUCAAAUAUGGCGGUAACUUUUUCCAUUGUGCGGGCAAACUUCUUACUAGCGGAGUCCGACAUAAGAGUACUGGCAGUGAAUUUCGGAACGCAGCGUGUAUACGUUGUAUCAGCUGAGAAUUCCUUACAACAGAAAAUGACCCAACAAGAACAUGGUAGUGCAGUUUCCAACGCGAACAUGACCAAUGUGGGAUUUGCGUCUCCAGAGAAGCAGCAGGCCCGUGCGUUUUUACGCGAACGAUUCCUGCGCGUUGUCACUGGUAUUGUCGGCAAGCAAGCAGAAUUUCAUCUGUACGAAAAUACAUGUGUGUCGGGUGAAUUCAGGGGUUGCGAUGUGGAAUUUUCCGAGAUUCUCGUGAGAAAUUUGGAGACGCCAAUUGGAAAAGUUCCAGAAGCUAUUGUUCGAGGUAGCGAUGUUAUUCACUUAAACAUCGAUGACAUCAAUAUCGACCAAUGGAAAGUAGAAUAAGAGUAACAUGACAAAAGGAUGAUUGUAACUGUUGCUGUUGCAUCUGCUGCAUCUGCUGUUGCAUUGCAAUGGACUGCUGUUGUUGCUGCUGCUGUGCCAAAACCUGUUGAGAACUGGGCAUUCCCAUUGUGUUGGAACCAACAUUACCAACACCCACCCCAACACCUACUCCCAUACCAAAUUGUUGAGGAUUUACUAUGUCUGUAAUAAAAAUAUUUUGUUUCAUUUCAAAA